CUUUUAGGCCCGCAGUUAACAUUCUUUCGUUGAGCCGUAUCUCUUGAUCUAUCCUUGAAUUCAAAACCAUCGUCAAUCGAGCGCCGCAGUGUGUGUCGUUACGAUGCCGUUCCCUAUCCAAAACCCUCGCCUCCUCCUCACCCCUCGUCACCUCCCAUUCCCCCCAAACCCUAUCUCCCUCCCUCCUAAACCCUUCCUCCGCCCCCUCUCCUCCGCCCCUUCCCCCUCCCCUCAAACCCUAGACGCCAUCCCCUCUUCCUCUCCCCCUCCCCCUCCCUCUUCCUCCUCCUCGAUCCUCUCCAUCCGCGAGUCCCUCCUCUCACGCCGUACGAAGGCGGCGGAGCUCGCCGCCGAGUACCUCGACCGGCUCCGCCGCGCCGAGCCGCGCGUGCGGAGCUUUCUCCACGUGUCCGAUGCCGCGAUGCGCGAGGCGGAGGAUGUGGAUCGGAGGGUGGAGCGCGGCGAGGAGGUGGGCCCGUUGGCGGGGGUCCUCGUCGGCGUCAAGGAUAACAUAUGCACCGCCGAUAUGCCCUCGACCGGCGGGUCGAGGAUCCUCGAAGGGUAUCGCCCGGCGUUCGAUGCUACGGCGGUGAGGAGGCUGCGAGAGGCUGGAGCAAUCGUAAUUGGGAAGACCAAUUUGGAUGAGUUCGGGAUGGGGAGCACCACGGAGCGCUCGGGGUUCCAGGUGACUACAAACCCUUGGGAUUCAUCACGUGUCCCUGGUGGAUCAUCAGGAGGCUCUGCUGCUGCUGUUUCUUCUAGGCAAUGUGUAGCAUCUUUGGGAAGCGAUACCGGUGGUAGUGUGAGGCAGCCGGCAUCUUUCUGUGGUGUUGUAGGAUUGAAACCAACGUAUGGCCGUGUAUCCCGUUUUGGACUGAUGGCAUAUGCUUCAUCUUUGGAUGUCAUUGGAUGCUUCGGUUCAUCAGUGGUUGAUGCUGCUAUUAUUUUAUCUGCAAUUGCUGGACACGACAGAUUGGAUGCCACUAGCAGUAAGCAUGAAGUUCCUGACUAUGCAUCCCUGUUAGUCUCUCUUGAUUUUCUGGAUUCUAAACCACUGAAGGGGCUUAAAAUUGGGGUAAUUCAGGAAACUCUUGGGGAUGGUGUGGAUGGAGGAGUCAUAUCCUCAGUUAGGUCUGCUGCUUCUCAUCUGGAACAACUAGGAGCCCUAGUGACAGAGGUGUCGCUGCCUUCUUUCUCUCUCGGCUUACCGGCAUACUAUAUCUUAGCUUCAUCUGAAGCUUCUUCUAAUUUAUCACGCUAUGACGGUGUAAGGUAUGGGAAGCAAGCUGCAGCUGAGGAGUUGAGUUUUCUUUAUGGAGAUUCCAGAGCUAAUGGCUUGGGUCAUGAGGUCAAAAUGAGAAUUUUGAUGGGAACAUAUGCUUUGUCGGCUGGCUAUUACGACGCAUAUUAUAAGCGAGCCCAGCAGGUGAGGACAUUGGUCAAGAAAAACUUUAAUGAAGCACUAAAUGAACAUGAUAUUCUCAUUACACCUGGAGCACCCUCUGCUGCUUAUAAGAUAGGUGAAAAAACUGAGGAUCCGUUAGCUAUGUAUGCUGGGGACAUCAUGACUGUGAAUGUUAACUUGGCCGGGCUCCCUGCACUGGUAGUGCCAUGCGGAUUUGUCGAAGGUGGGGCCGCGGGGCUCCCAGUCGGCCUUCAGUUGAUCGGUUCUCCCUUUAGUGAGGAGAAGCUGCUGAGAGUAGGCCAUAUAUUUGAACAGACGCUCCAGGAUUUUAGGUUUGUUCCGCCAUUUUUGACGGAGAGCUAAAGUGGGAUUGAGCAUGAUGUAGAAAUUUACUUUGGCGAUUGCUAGAACUUUAGCAGUUUUGAUUACUGUGUGGAGUUUUCUCUCAUAUUCUCCAUUGUAAUUGGACAUGCUUGUUGUGAUUUUUCAUAAAAUGCUUCAUGAAAUGCAUGUAUUCUUGUGAUUGUUUC